UAUCAUUUUUUACCCGCUUCCACACCAUCUCUCGCUAAAAAAUUAUCAUGGCUUCACCCGUUUCUUCCAUUUCUUCAAUUUCUUUAAUGUCUUCAUCGUCUUCGUCCGAGUGGUAUUCAUCAUCUUCGGAAGAGGAUGUUAUUAUGCACAACAUGAUUAUGAACGCGGCUCAGGUGUUCAUGUCGGCCGCUGAAGGGUCGUCCCAACCGCUAACCAGACGAGCAAAAUAUAAUCGAGACCAAGAAGCCGGCCACGAUAAACUAGUAGCCGAUUAUUUUGCCGACGAACCCGUGUACCCAGCCGAGAUUUUUCGACGUCGUUUCCGCAUGAGUCGUCAACUGUUCUUACGUAACGAGUACACACAUCACAACCUACAAGCGGACUUGGUGGAGCAUAUUUGGAACAACGCUGAAAACGAACCCGCCCACCACAUGGAAGACGACGACUAG